AUGGCCAUGCCGCCUCGCCCCACCGUGCAGUUCGGCCUGCGUAUAGCUCAGGUGGUGCUGUCAUUCAUCAUGCUGGCGACGGCCGGGCACGUGUCAAACCGGCUGGGCGUGGCGUGGACCCAGGUCUACGGCGGUGUGGGCCUCUCUAUUUUCAACGGGGUCUGCGGGCUGCUGACGGCUGCACUCUACCUGGCCACGCCGUACAUCGCCACAAGGGUGGAGAAUGCUCACACACGGAAGCUCCAAACGGCCCUGCCCGGCCUGCUGGACGUAAUACUGUCCGGCUUCUGGUGCCUCUUCUGCCUGGCCGGCGCCGGUGCGGCCGCCUCAGGCAUCGGCGCGUCCUCCUGCUCCGACGGCUACUACUACUCCCGCUGGUUCUACGGCUGGUCGUCGUCGCCGGGCUUCUGCGCUGCGUGGGGCAUCGCCAUCGCAUGCGGGUUCUUCCUCGUUGUGGCGUGGGGCGCGAGCGCCGUUCUGGGCGGCCUCGACAUGCGCGACGGCAAGGGGCUGGUGCCAAUCCGCGCCCGCGACGGCAAGGCGCCUGCCGCCGAGGCUGCGACCGACGAUGCUAAGGCCGCGGACGGCGGAGCCCCGACGGCGACCGGUGGCGUCAAGGAGGCCUCGCCCGUGGAGAGCGUCUGA